GAUUGGUACUGUAUAUUUUGUUGCUAAAAUAUAUGAAAAGUGGAAUUAUACCCCCAUGUUGGUGAGCAUUAAUCCAAAGUUGUCGCGUAUUACAGACGAACCGUUUCCGGCAGUUACUAUUUGCAAUCUCAAUCAAGCAUAUAAAGCAAAGGCGGAACAGUUUUCGGUCUAUUCGUUGGAGCAUACGAUUUUACAAAUGAUUUGUAAGCUUGAUGUCAAUGUUACCAUUGCCGAGGCCAUUACGGUCACAGACUGGAAUAAUUUGAAAAAUUUUAUUUUCGGGAUUUCGCAACCCUGCUUUAAUAUGUUGCUGCAGUGCAAGUAUGGUAGCACAUUUUUUAAUUGCAGCGAAAUUUUUCGCCCAAUUAUUACGAACAAUGGACUGUGCUGCACUUUCAAUAUGGUACAUCCAAAGAUUAUGUACCGAGAAAUGGUAAUUAAAGUACCAUCUGCUCAAAACUAUCGCUAUCCAAUUGGCUAUGAAACUAUUGAUUGGAGUACUGAAAAUGGGUUUCCAGCCGAUUUACCUAAAAAAUUCAUACCGAUGAAAGCACUAGGUAUUGGUGAGGGUCAGGGACUGAGCCUUAUACUGGAUGUUGAGCGAGAUGAAUAUUACUGUUCUUCCUCGAAUGGCAUCGGUUUUAAAAUUCUACUCCACAAUCCAUUAGAAGCGCCGAAUAUGCGUGAAAUUGGACUUUUACUUGCGCCUGGACGUGAAACGAAAAUUAACAUACACGCUGACAAAGUAGAAUCUGAACAAUAUGUGCGUUCUGUAAGCAAGGCUUCACGAAAAUGCUUGUUCGAAGAUGAACAAAUUUUAAAAAUAUAUAAAAAGUAUACGCAACGAAAUUGUAUUGAGGAAUGCAGUGUUUUCACUUGGUUGGGUAUUUGUGGUUGCUUGCCCUAUUUUAAACCAAUGCCUUAUGGUAAUGAAACUAUUUGUGACAUGCUUGAUUUCACAUGUGUUGAACGUGUCCGUUUACGGACGAUGCUAUAUGACAAGGCGGGAAAAAGUUGUGCUAAUACUUGUAUACCAGGCUGCAACGAUAUUAACUAUUUGCCAUCGCUUACCUCUGCACCACUUAUACAAACGGGAUUUCCAACUCAGAGCGAAGUUGCCAAAAAUAUUAGUAACGGCUAUUUGAAGAAAAAUCUAGCUGUGGUGAAAAUUUAUUUUAAAGAGAGCACCUAUGGAGGAGCGAAAAAUUCUGAUUUUAUCCGUGCACCAGAUUUUUUAUCUUAUAAGCAAAAUAUUAAUGCAUUUCUAGAAGAUUCGGCGAUUCAUGGAUUACGCUACUUCAAUCAACAGCAUUUGAAUUUGGGCGAAAGAUAUUCGAAAGAGUACGCAAUGCUACAGAUACUCUGCAAUCAAAAGGCUAACAGCACAGUAACCGAGAAAGUUCCAGCGGUUUUUAAAAUUGCCAGUACUUUCGGUAGCACUAAGAAUCCCAUCAAUCGCUGA